CCGCUCCGACGCGCUUCUCUUCAGAUACUCCGGGAGCUCCAGCCGCGCGGAUCAGGCGCUCCCACCGCUCUGUACCCAAACUUCAGCUGCAGCUACAUUCCAGGGCACCUAAUUUAUUCCUCAAAAAUCAGAAACGGAGCCGCGACACGGGGAAGGAGUCCGCGGAGGAGUACAACAACAGCAGAGCAAGAAGAGCUCCAGAGAGCUGCCUCACCGGAGCAACAGCUAGGCAUCGGUUGUGUAGGAACCAACAAGUGAGAAGGCGCCGCGUUCCCGGAGCGCAGCCGCAGGCGCAGCAGGAGGAAGCGAGAGCCCGGAGCCCGAGCUCCCGAGCCCGAGCCGCGGUCGCUGCGGCUGCUCUGCUCCGGUCCUUCUGCGCAGGCUGCGCCGGGCGCUGGGCGAGAGACUUCGUUUUUCCCUCGUUGUAAAGCGGCGGCUGGGAGCAGCCGGGCCCCGGGGAAUAUGCGGCGCGCUUGGAUCCUGCUCACCUUGGGCUUGGUGGCCUGCGUGUCGGCGGAGUCGCGGGCAGAGCUGACGUCUGAUAAGGACAUGUACCUUGACAACAGCUCCAUUGAAGAAGCUUCAGGAGUGUAUCCUAUUGAUGACGAUGACUAUGCUUCUGCAUCAGGCUCGGGAGCUGAUGAGGACGGAGAGAGUCCAGAGCUGACCACAUCUCGACCCCUUCCAAAGAUUCCGUUCACUAUUGCUGCUCCGAGAGUGGAAACCACGACUCUGAACAAGAUACAGAAUAAGAUCCCCGCUCAGACAAAGUCACCUGAAGAAAUCGAUAAGGAAAAAGUUCACCUCUCUGACUCAGAAAGGAAAAUGGACCCAGCUGAAGAGGCUACAAAUGUGUAUACUGAGAAGCACUCAGACAAUCUGUUUAAACGAACAGAAGUCCUGGCAGCUGUCAUUGCUGGCGGAGUUAUCGGCUUUCUCUUUGCAAUUUUCCUUAUCCUGCUGUUGGUGUAUCGCAUGAGAAAGAAGGAUGAGGGAAGUUACGACCUUGGAGAACGCAAACCAUCCAGUGCUGCUUACCAGAAAGCACCUACUAAGGAGUUUUAUGCGUGAAAACUCCCAUUUAGUGUCUCUAUUUAUGAGAUCACUGAACUUUUAAAAAUAAAGCUUUUGCAUAGAAUAAUGAA